CAAAUGAUAAAUAAGUUCAACGCACACAAUAUAGAUAAAUUAGAUCUAUUAUAUAGCAGACCAUACUUCAUUCAUACUAUAUCGUUGUUGGCAAGUUAACAUAUUCAUAAUGAACGGUAUUUUGGACAAUUUCCAAUUCAAACCUAGUGACGAAGUCAAUUGGUACUUCGAGGAGUUGACAGCGAAAGUUGUAGCCGAUAGUGGAAUUCCAACGGAUAUUUAUCAUGUGGGAAAAAACUUGCUGAGGGUUUUUAAAGAUAAUCCUAAUACAAUUUCUCGGAUCGACGGCGCCGUGGGCCAACACUACACGAACCGACAAGUUUUGGAAAAAUCCGUCAAAUGUGCCACAGCAUUCAGAAAACUGGGAAUAAGAAAAGGCGACGUGGUGUUGAUACUAGCCCCUAAUCAUCUGGACCUGACUGUACCUUUCUAUGCCUGCUUUUAUAUCGGCGUCAUAGCCGCUGGGAUCGAUAGAACACUUCGUACAAAGGAACUGUCAAACGUUUUCACUAUAACUAAGCCGAAGAUAAUCUUUUGCCAAGAUGAGAAAUCUAAUGAAGUUCAAAAAGCAUUGAACAAUGAAAAGCUGGAUUCGCUCAUUAUCACUUUUGAUAAAGGAGACACUCACACGAGUUUUUCACAAUUCUUAGAAGAAUAUGGGGGGCAGGAACCUGUUGAAGAUUUCAAAGCAACAGAUUUCGACCCAGCUGAUACGAUUGGAUACUUGCUCUCAACUAGCGGUUCAACAGGUCUACCCAAAUUAGCCGCGAUAACUCACAAAAAUUUAUCGAUCGGAGGAAGAUUGGCAUGGGCAAACUACACAAAGUUCCCUGAAUGCAUAAAGAUGCACUUCAACAUAUCGCCGCUGCAGUGGCAGUCUGCUGCUCUGAUGCACAUCACGACUCCCCUAUUGAAGAUCCCUCAGUUGAUAACCUCAGGAUCAUUGACGCAGGAACACUUCCAUUAUCUACUAAGAAAGUACCAGCCCAACCUAUUACUGAGCAGUCCAAAUCUAAUGACUACACUACUGAAACCAAGCAAGAACGACUCGACACUUUUGUCCUGUCUAAAUAUAAUUUACUUAGGAGGAAGUACAGUCUCCAAAGAAUUGGUUCAACAGAUCAAGGAUAUAACGCCGAAAACAUCUGUGGUAUGUGUGUACGGUUCAACAGAAAUGUCCACUAUAGCUUUCGUUUUGGCAGACAGCCCAUUGGGAUGUGUCGGCAGAGAGGCUCCUUGCUUCAAGUAUAAAUUGGUAAAUACAGAAACGAAAGAAGUUAUUAACGAGCCCAACGUGCCAGGAGAAUUAUGGGUCAAAGGCCCUUCUGUAUUCAAGGGAUAUUAUAAUAAUCGUGAAGAAACGAUAAAAGUAUUUUCAGAGGACGGAUGGCUAAUGACUGGGGAUUUGCUAUAUAGGGACGAGAAAGAUAACUACUUCUUUAGCGACAGACAAAAGUUUCUACUCAAAUACAUGAACAAUCAAAUAUCACCAACGGAGUUAGAACAAGUAAUCCGAAGCCAUCCAGCGGUCCUCGAUGUUGUGGUGACUGGCAGACCAGAUUCGAUGGUUGGAGAUUUAGCAGUAGCUGUUGUUGUGCCUUCUCCGGGGAAGGUUAUUAAGGCGGAAGAAAUUAUAGAUAUCGUUAAAGAUAAUCUCUCGGAGUCGAAGCAAUUACGAGGUGGUGUAGUCUUCCUUAAAGAAAUGCCGCUUCUUGCCUCUGGAAAGAUCGAUCGUCAGAAACUGAAGAAUUUAGUUAGUAACUAAUUAGUCGUGGUGUGCCCUUCACCAAGGUUCUCCACUUGAGUGAAGCACGUGGACUUAAGGUCCGGUGCCGUAAUUAUUCUCUAAUUUUAAUAGAUAAUUGUAUAGUAUUAAGUAUAUUUAAAAAUAUAUAGAUAUUUUAAGUACUGAAUUAUUUGCAUUUGGAACAUCUAUUAUAAUAAAACU